CUGUAGUCGCCGCCACCAUCGCCAACAUGGCCACGUGCUAGACGUGUUUACGUGAACUGCGUCAUCUUUCGUAUUUUUCUUGUUCAUAUACCAAAGUGUUAGCUGUGAGAUUACAGUGUUGGGUAUCGGGUAUGGUCAUAUGAUGCGCGUGUGGUGACUAGCAGUCAUUAACGUGCUCCUCGUGGGCAUGGCGGGUGUGGACGUGCCUGUACCACGGUGCACCUGCAACGUCAAGGAUUUGACUACCUGUUCCGCUGUCAAUCAGGAUUCACCCACGAGUAGAGCCGUAAGAAGUUAUAGACCACAUGGGAGCCUCGCCAGGUUACUUUAUGAUAAGCAGAAGGCGGAUGAACAGCUCGAAGCGUACGACAAAACCCAGUGGUACAAAGUGGACAGAACGAAAAUCCGGGAAGAUUUGCUGCGUUUAUGGAUCCCCCUUGGAACAGGACUCCAGCACGAUCAACCCGACAAAACCGCCGAAAUCUUCCUAAUGAAAUCCAUCGAGAGAUCGGAUUCUUUACCGUUGCAAGCCUGGCAUUCUCUGGCAAGAUCCGCUCUGUCCUGGUUCAUCAGCCGAACUUCCAUAAACGGGCUGCUAGGCCGCGGCUCCAUGCAUGUCUUUUCCUGCGAACAGUUUCAAAAAUUUAUGGCAGCGAGCGGCUUUACAGGGCCGUGGCAUUCGUUGGUGGAUUUAGGAGCUGGCGACGGUGCCACCACUGCUCAUGUAGCCCACCUCUUUGAAAAAGUUUACGCCACAGACAUAUCAGCACCGAUGAGAUGGGCUCUGGCGAGAAGGAAGUUCACGGUGCUGGACGUAGAAAAAUGGCACGAAAGCGGCCCAUUCGACGUGAUCCUCUGCCUGAAUCUGUUGGAUCGUUGCGAUCGACCUAAUACUCUACUUCGCCGUCUGAAAUCAUCUUUGGCUCCGGGUGGACGUCUGGUCGUAGCGCUGGUUCUUCCCUUCAGCCCUUACGUGGAAGUUGGUGAAAGGGGUGACCACAAACCGUCAGAAUAUCUGCCAGUAAAAGGGAACGGUCUAGAAGGUCAAAUAGCCAGCCUCGUCGACAGAGUUUUCGCACCAUUGAGCCUAAGGUGUCUCGUAUGGAGCAAACUGCCUUACCUCUGCGAGGGAGACCUCGGCCAGGCGUAUUACUUUCUCGACGACGUAAUAUUCGUGCUAGAAGCACAGCCAGAUAGCUCGCGAUACUCAGCUUCGGAAUGGAUGGAUACGGAACCGUCUGGAAAAGAAUGCCCGAACAUGUUCGAACAACAGACUUAUCAAGAACGGAAAUGUAAUACAGAUUGCAUGUGUUGCUCAGUGUAUAACAUUCUGUGUGCCAAAUGUGGAUGAUCCGUAACUGAAAACACAACCUGUACCUGUUUUGUCCACUAAUCUCAAGCAUAAAUCAGAACACCAGAAACCAUAAAAUCGAUUUGUUCCUAGUAAUUUCAACAAUUUCACAGACAACGUUGAUUUGAAAUCUAUGUCGAUUGUAAGUUCUAUUAUUAAAUUUUAUUAAUAGACUACAGUUUGCUGGCUUAUAUUAUUUCUCCACAAUAUUCAUUCCGAUAGUAAACUACAAAGACAAGAUAACAAAAUUAAUUUAGGAUGUAGAGAAGAGAAUAUCAAAUAAAAUAAAGGUAAAUGGUUUAAUAUUUUAUCUUUCACAUUACUUUUAUAUUGUUAUGUAUAUACAUAAUGUGUAUAUUACACCCACGCUAGAUACACACGAUGAGAUAUGCUAAACUAUCAAUGGCAUUUCUUCAGGAUACUGCUUGAAAACUAU